AUGACCCCUGCUGCCAGUGGAACAGUCUCGCUCCUGAUUGGAUCUUUGGUUGCUCUGAUCCUCCUGAUUGCAGGGAACCUGGCAGAAAACAGCAGCUCAGCAGAGCCUUACAGUCUGAGACUGAUGGGAGGACCCAGUCGCUGUGAGGGCGAGGUAGUGCUUCAGAGAUCAGAUCUGGACUGGACUCCAGUGGUUUUAUCACCCGUGACUAUUGAGUUUGGGUCCAGAGUGUGCACGGAGCUAGACUGUGGCACUGCUCUGUCUGUGGAGAGUAAAACAGGCCCAGAAAGAAAAGUUGUGACUGUUUGUCAUGACUGUAAAACAUCUCUGAUCCACUGUUCGAGCGCUGGAACAUCUCCCUCAUACAACAGUCUGCAUGUCAAGUGUUCAGAGUCGGUGCGGUUGGUCUCGGGGUCCAGUCUGUGCUCAGGAUCAGUGCAGAUCUGGGACGGGUCCUGGACCGGGGUCUGUGAUGUGGACAUGGACCAGCGGGGGGCAGAGGUGCUGUGCAGGGAGCUGAGCUGUGGGGCUCCUUCUCUCCUCCAGGGGGCGCUCUCUCCUCUGGGGCAGACAUUCCACUGUGAGGGCCAUGAGUCUGCUCUGAUGGACUGUCUCCGCUUCAACUCAAGGACCUGCUCCUCUGGAGCUGCUGUCAACCUCACCUGCUCAGAGCCACUGAGGCUGGUGGGAGGGGCCAGUCGCUGUGCUGGGAUUGAGGAGGUGAAAAUCAGAGGAGAGUGGAGACGGGUGAUUAAAGCCUAUGACCCCUGGGACCUGGAGGCUACAGCUGCUGUGUGCAGAGACUUGGACUGUGGCUCUGGACAAGAGAGUCAAGUGUGGGAGCUACCAAGUCCUGUGUGGGAGGCCACGUCUGACUGUGUAAAGAAGUUUGCAGUGAGAGAGUGUGUCUGGAGUUCAAACACCUCUACUAAUUCAGUUCUGAUGGUGGUGUGUUCAGAGUCGGUGCGGUUGGUCUCGGGAUCCGGUCUGUGCUCCGGAUCAGUGCAGAUCUGGGACGGGUCCUGGACCGGGGUCUGUGACGGGGACUUGGACCAGCGGGGGGCAGAGGUGCUGUGCAGGGAGCUGGGCUGUAGGGCUCCUUCUCUCCUCCAGGGGGCGCUCUCUCCUCUGGGGCAGAUGUUCCACUGUGAGGGCCAUGAGUCUGCUCUGAUGGACUGUCCCCGCUCCAACUCAAGGACCUGCUCCUCUGGAGCCACUGUCAACCUCACCUGCUCAGAGCCGCUGAGGCUGGUGGGAGGGGCCAGCCGCUGUGCUGGGAUUGUGGAGCUGAGACUCGCAGGAGAGUGGAGACGGGUGGAUGGGCUCUGGGUUCUCCGGGACCUGGAACUUGCUGCCGUGUGCAGAGACCUGGACUGUGGCUCUGCUGUUUAUGAAGGAAAGAGACAUGAAUUUCCACUGAGUCCUGUGUGGGGGGUCACAUCUGACUGUGUGAAGGAGUCUGUAGUGAGACAGUGUCCCUUUAGCUCUCUCUACUCUGAGCUGGGGGUGGAGGUGGUGUGUUCAGACCUCCUGAAUCGUCCAAUCAUCUCCGUGUCUGUGUCUGACGGGGCGUCCGAGCUCCAGCCUCAGGGGGUGCGGGUGCAGCUGGGCUCAAAGUUCAGGGUCAGAUGCUCUGUGGAGCCACAGUACCCGGGAGGCUCCUUCCAGCUCCUCUCUCCCACUGAGAACCACACCCUGCUUGCUGUCAAUCACUCCGCACACUUCCUGUUCUCUGACACUGACCACACCCACAAAGGAAACUACACUUGUGUUUACCUCCUUAAGGUUUUCAACCACAGCUUCUCCUCUCAGAGCCCCAGCCUCCAGCUCUCUGUGGGAGGUAUGUGUGACAAGUACAACCCAAAGCCACAAUCACACGCAGACAAGUGGUGCGUCAGCGCCACCCGGUGGGAGUGCUGGGUCACGGCCGGUGAGGGCCGUUUGAUGCCUUUAAUUGGCCCUCGCCACUAA